AUGGACGUGCAAGUCUUUAUCGGCCUGCUUAUUGGCCUUGCAAUGUUGGUUGUGAUUUGGUUUUUCCGUCAACAAAACUAUUGGCGACGACGCGGCAUACCGAGCAGCAAACCGACGAUGCUGGCCUGUUUGACGACAAAGCAUGUGACACAGAUUUUACGUGAAACGUACCAACAAUUUAAGGGCACGGGUCCCUUCUUCGGGUUCUUCUUUCUCGCCACCAAGACGGUGCUCGUUACCGACUUGGAGUUGGUAAAAAAAAUACUCAUUAAAGAUUUUAACUACUUCGCCGAUCGCGGUCUAUAUACCAACGUGCACGAUGAUCCACUAUCGGGGAAUAUGUUUUUCGCUGAAGUUCAACAGUGGAAACGUUUGCGUACAAAACUGACGCCUACAUUCACAUCGGGCAAAAUGAAGAAUAUGUUCCAUAUGGUGAACGCGGUCGGCGAGCGUCUAAUGACGACAUUGCAUAAUCAAAUUGGCGAUGGUGAUGCCCAGGGACCGGGCAAAGUGUUGCUUGUUACGGACCUCAGUGGCCGCUACACUACCGAUUCGAUUGGCACCUGCGCUUUCGGAUUGGAAUGCAACAGUCUCAAUGCCGAGACGCCAGAAUUCGUGGUGGUCACGAAUAGCUUCAUCAACCAGCGUCGUCACAAUAAAGUUAUCGAAGCACUCAUUUUCAGUUUUCCGGAGAUUGCGCGCUUUCUCCGUAUGCGCAUUAUGCCACAGCCCUUGCAUGACUUCUACAUAAAACUUGUAAACGACACGCUUGAAUAUCGCAAACGCACAAAAUUGCGGCGUAAUGAUUUUCUUGACCUACUCAUCGAUAUGAUGGAACGCGAGGAUGCGGACGGUAAUCGGAUAGAGGGACUAAAUGUGAAUGAAAUUGCGGCACAAACUUUCGUUAUGUUCCUGGCAGGAUUUGAGACCUCAGCAACUACUAUGAGUUUUGCGCUAUACCUUCUGGCACAAGAGUUGGACAUACAAGAGCGCUUGAGGCGGGAUAUCAACGAGGUGCUCGCAGCAAACAACGAUCAACUCACUUACGAGGUUAUCAAACAGAUGAGCUACCUGCAACAAGUAAUCGUAGAAACACUUCGCAUGUAUCCAAUCGUACCGAAUUUGAUGCGCAAGGCUCAGGCAUACUACGACACAGGCGACCCAAAGUAUUACCUUGAGAAGGGCACCUUAGUCAUUAUACCGACAAUUGCCAUACACUAUGAUCCUGAGUUUUAUCCAGAUCCGGAGCGCUUCGAACCAGCUCGUUUCACAGCCGAAGAAAUACAACGACGUCCUGCUUGCACUUGGCUACCCUUCGGCGAGGGUCCGCGCAACUGUAUUGGCAUGCGAUUCGGCAGAAUGCAAACCAGCAUUGGACUCAUUUAUCUAAUACGAAAUUUCCGAUUCAGCGUCGCUCCCGAAACUGAAAUACCAUGCCCUUUGGAAAAAGUGUCAUGUCUAGUUUCACCAGAGAAUGGCAUAAAGCUGAGAGUAGAUAGAGUAGAGGAUGCCAAGCCGAUUAGGCGGAUGUAAAGGUGGGAAUGCACCGAGUAGAGGUAGCAAGUGAUAUUUUUAUGCAUACUUAUAAGUAGAUAUGUUUAAGUAUAAGAUAAGAGUUUUUUAGUUAGUUAAGGUAUCAUGUAGAAAAAGAUGUUUAUAUAUUUUACUGUUGACC